AUGGUACACUACAGUUAUUUUGAUUCAAUAGAAUUGACUACUGGUGGGGAGCGAGUCAAUCAUACCGAUAAUCAUACCGAUAAUCAUACCGAUAAUCAUACCGAUAAUAAUACCGAUAAUAAUACCGAUAAUAAUACCGAUAAUAAUACCGAUAAUAAUACCGAUAAUCAUACCGAUAAUAAUACCGAUAAUAAUACCGAUAAUCAUACCGAUAAUCAUACCGAUAAUCAUACCGAUAAUCAUACCGAUAAUCAUACCGAUAAUCAUACCGAUAUUAAUACCGAUAAUAAUACCGAUAAUAAUACCGAUAAUAAUACCGAUAAUAAUACCGAUAAUCAUACCGAUAAUCAUACCGAUAAUCAUACCGAUAAUCAUACCGAUAAUCAUACCGAUAAUAAUACCGAUAAUAAUACCGAUAAUAAUACCGAUAAUAAUACCGAUAUUAAUACCGAUAAUAAUACCAAUAACAAUACCGAUAAUCAUACCGAUAAUCAUACCGAUAAUCAUACCGAUAAUAAUACCGAUAAUAAUACCGAUAAUAAUACCGAUAAUAAUACCGAUAAUCAUACCGAUAAUCAUACCGAUAAUAAUACCGAUAUUAAUACCGAUAAUCAUACCGAUAAUAAUACCGAUAUUAAUACCGAUAAUAAUACCGAUAAUCAUACCGAUAAUAAUACCGAUAAUCAUACCGAUAAUAAUACCGAUAAUAAUACCGAUAAUAAUACCGAUAAUCAUACCGAUAAUCAUACCGAUAAUCAUACCGAUAAUCAUACCGAUAAUAAUACCGAUAUUAAUACCGAAAAUAAUACCGAUAUUAAUACCGAUAAUAGUACCGAUAAUAAUACCGAUAAUCAUACCGAUAAUCAUACCGAUAAUCAUACCAAUAAUAAUACCGAUAAUAUACCGAUAAUCAUACCGAUAAUCAUACCGAUAAUAAUACCGAUAAUAAUACCGAUAAUCAUACCGAUAAUCAUACCGAUAAUCACAUAA